GAUAAAAUAUGCAAUAAAAGUAAAGAUAUAGGAUAGAAGAAAAGGAAUGCACGCUGUGCUGAGAAUAUUGUACAAGAAGACCAUACCUGGAGAGUCAGCACGCAUGUCCCCAUCCAGGUCCACACGAUCUCAAGCUACCUCCUGUAUGAGUAGCCUCUGCUCCUGUUUGAACAAACACUGGUAAAUGUAAUAGGUGGUUUUGCAGAUGCCUCAGUGCAUUCAGGAACUAGGAAGUUGAGUAUAUUGUUAUAGCGGUAGUACAGGGCUCCAGAGUGCAACCUUUUAGAAGCAUUUUGUGACUAUUUUUGGACAUGGUGCUUGUCAAAUUUAUAACUAGGCACACUUGAACGACUUGCAAAUAUCCCCUUACCCCUGCCUUUUUUCCUUAAUAGCUGUAUACGCCGUAAACCUCUCAGUCAUUCAAUAUCCUGUUAACAUCUCAAUUGGCAAGAGCCCACAUGGAGGCAGUUUCGUAGAAUAAGAACAACACAGCAUAUAACUUUAUUUCCAAAAAGGAUUUUGAAAGUCUCAGCACACUGGCGUGUAAAAAAAUGGACCUAUAUUUGUGGUGCUGUAAUAUUAUUCAGCACAAUAAAUAUUUUUAAAAAAUGUCUAGUGCUGGAUGGAAAAAAAGUUAGUCUAGAGUCCUGUAGUAAACAACAUGCAAGUAAAAUUGUCCAUUGUUUGAAUACUAAUUUUGUGAUAAUUGUACCUUGUUUGAGCAAAUGAUGACCCUGUAAAGGCAACGGCUGCAGACAGAUGAAGGUUCCCCACUGAAAUGCUGUCCACAUGUGGCUGAAUCUUCCACCUCUUCACUAGAGAGCAUUGAGUGCAGGUUGCCUUUAUACUGACUAAAGUGCCUUGGAAGAACUGUUCAACGGUGCAUGUAUGGUUGCAGAACAAGCACUUCUUGAAAAGGUCAAGCAGGCAGUCUUCAUAGACAAUGUACUUUGUCAUCUGAUCAACAGCACACCUGGCAUCAGUCCCUCAAAUGCAAAUUCAAAGCAGAGUGUGCACCUUUGAUUCAUGAAGAUGAGGUGAAAAGGAGUGAGGAGAAGUUGGGGCAGAAGAGAACCAAAGAGUCCACAGAAGCUGCAAGAACCUGUUGCAGAUCUAUCAGGACCUCAGCUGUUUUUGUCAGACAGUGCUGCUGCAGCGUAAUACAGUGAACGUUGGAAUACGGACGUUCUACAGUUGAGAAAAUGUAGUGCCAAUGGAAAGGGCUUACUGACAGCAAGAAAAAAAGGACAAGUGCAUCUGGAAACGCCAAUAAAGACAACAACAAGUGAGGUAAAUGAACAUGGAUGUGAAGAAGACGAUGUUGUCUCUGGCCCGUUUGGUGCUGCCUGGCAUGGGAUUUGGAUUGACAUGCAUGGGGAUCUACUUGGUGUCCCUGCCGAACGAGCCCAAGUACACUUGGAGUAUCAUCCCUGCAUAUAUCAUGGUUGUGGUCGGCUUCCUUGUGACCCUCGUCGGGGUCUUCUGGACCAUCUGCCACAGCAUGAAGAGCAAGAUGUACCAGAGAGGAGGACACCAACAGCACAUCCAUGUUUACACCAUUGAGAGACCCAGCUCCUUCCCUCCAUCGUACGAGGAGUCCCAGAGCAGCCAUGUCUCUCUGGAUACAGUCCCUGAGUUUGUGGUCACAGUCGAGGGGGUGGAUGUGGUGAUGAGCCUGGCUCCUCCACUCUACACUCAAGACAGCUCAGAGGUCCCAGACUGCACGUGGAGCUGGGAGCAGCCUCCCAGUUACAGUCAGGUGGAGCAGGUGGAUGCAGAGGAGCAGAGGGAGGCUUUGUCUGGACACUGAAGGAAAACAUGAUUUUGACUACGUGGUUGAGAGAAAAGGGAGGAAUUCCGAUUGUAGAUGGACAUGACUAAGAAAGAAAGUUCCAGAAAAAUGGGAGAUGCCUCCAAAUGUGGUUGGAUCAUUCAGUGGUCAAAUAAUGGACCACAGAGACAUGUUGACAUCAGCUUUUUGCUGUGAAUCCAAACCUCUGAACUCUAAUGUGUGAGCUGACCCUAUGUCAGGCCUUCUUCAGCUUGAAGGUCUUCAUAGAGGUACAGUGUGUUGGGUUAAAUAGUGUUUUUUUUGUUGAGAGCAUGCAGAGAGCAGCACAUUUGAGUUACAAAACUGCUUGUUAGCAUGAUAUAGUAUUAAUCUGGUUGGAUGCAUGGACAUUUGGAUUGACAGAGAGCACUGUGUCACUUUUACUGUAGCUCCAGUUUCUGUACUGUUAUGUAUGUUCACAAGUAACAUUAAAUACCUCUGUGUGCACAGAUGUGAAUGUCCCUGUUUCAGGGUGAUUUGUCAUAUGA